CUGUCAUCGUCUUCUCUAAACGACUCCGAUUUGGGGGUUUUCAGAAUCUUCAGACGGUACGGCCGUAAAUCUCCAAGAUGGAAGGAAAUCAGUCGGCUUCCGCCGGUGGAGGUGGAGGAGGGCCGGCGCCUUUUCUUCUCAAAACGUACGAUAUGGUUGACGACUCUUUGACGGACGAAAUCGUAUCGUGGAGCUCAAACAGGAACAGUUUCGUCGUAUGGAACCCUCCUGAAUUCGCUCGUCUCUUGUUACCAACCUAUUUCAAGCACAACAACUUUUCCAGCUUCAUUAGACAACUGAAUACUUAUGGUUUCAGAAAGAUCGAUCCUGAAAGAUGGGAAUUUGCUAACGAAGAAUUUGUGAAAGAUCAAAAGCACCUUCUGAAGAACAUUCAUCGUAGAAAACCCAUUCAUAGCCAUAGUAUUCCUCAAUCUUCAACAGUUGAUCCUGAACGAGCAGCUUUUGAGGAAGAAAUCGACAAGCUUACGCGUGAGAAAACUUCACUUGAAAAAAGCGUCUCUAGGUUCAAACAACAACAACCCGCUACAAAACUUCAACUUGAAGACCUUACUCAGCGUGUGAACACCAUGGAGCAGCGGCAAGAUACCCUGCUAGCGUUUAUGAAGAAAGCGACACAAAAUCCCGAAUUUGUCGAGCACCUUGCUCGGAAACUGGAAUCCAUGGAUUUUUCAGCCGAAAACAAGAAGCGGAGAUUGCCACGCUCUCGGGUUUUCCCAGAUGAUGGUCUUGUAGACAACCACAGCCCUCAGAGCCCCUCUAGACCAGAUUUCGGGAACGUUUUCCACCAUGAUUUCUCAAACAAGCUUCGGCUCGAGUUAUCACCAGCCGUUUCAGACAUCAACUUCAUUUCAAACAGCACUCAAAGCUCCAAUGAAGAUGGCGGAAGUCCACAAAUUCGAUUAUUCGAAGGCUGCACCCGGACCCCACCUGGCGGGCUCCCAUUUGCACCAGAAACUCAAGAGCUUUCUGACACCUGCACAUCAUUCGGUUUCAACAUGGAAUCUUCUUUCAUGCCCAAGACCGGGCCCUGCAACAAUCCAAGUGUCCGUUGCUUGCAGCCACCUAUCGUGGAUGCUAACGAAGAAAGCGACGGCCAUUUAUCCUGCCAGUUGAAUCUCACAUUGGCAUCUUGCGUAUCACAGAUCAACCCAUGUCAAGAAACCGAUACAAUCCCACCAUCAUUUGAGGAUAUCGGAAAACCGUCAGAGUGGACGGCCAAUGCCAGAGUUCCAGAAAAGAACCGAUCAUCACUAGUGGGUGAAAACGAACCAACUAAGCCUGCACCGCCUGCAACCUCCCAGGCUCGGGUUAACGAUGUUUUCUGGGAGCAGUUCUUGACCGAAAGACCAGGUUCUUCUGAUGUCGAGGAUGCAAGCUCGAAUCUGAAGUCAACACCAUCGUAUGAACAAGAAGACCGAAGAUCGGGCCAUGGAUCAUUUGGGAAUUCAAGAAACAUGCAGAAUCUGACUCUUUGAGGUUAAAUAUCCAGGUUCGUUUUAUGUAAUUACUUCCAAUUCUAAUCUGUAGUUUGAAUAAGAUAUUGUGAUGAACGAAAUAAUUGCCCGUUGAUUCGGGUUAAACAGACAGGUUAUUAUCA